AUGUCUUCCAGUAAUGACCAGGAUUAUAUCCCAUUUUUACAAAGAAACAACAGUGACCUCCCUGAGAUGACCUCCAGUGACCUGAAGACAUUUCCUGAAGGGGCUGUGUUAAGUUUCCAUAACACCUGCUAUCAGGAAAAAGUGAAGAGUGGCUUUCUAUUUUGUGGGAAAACAGUUGAGAAAAAAUUACUAUCAAAUAUCAAUGGAAUCAUGAAACCUGGUCUCAAUGCUAUUCUGGCACACCAAAGUCGAGGGAAAUCUUUGUUGCUAAAUAUCUUAGCUGCAAGGAGAGAUGCAUCUGGACUAUCUGGAGAUGUUUUGAUCAAUGGAGCACCUCAAUCUGAUAAUUUCAAAUGUAAUUUGGGUUAUGUGGUUCAGGAUGAUAUCGUGAUGGGCACCCUGACAGGGAGAGAAAACUUACAGUUUUCAGCGGCUCUUCGGCUUCCAAUGGCUAUGACAAAUCAUGAAAAAAAUGAAAGGAUCAAAAAAGUCAUUGAAGAUUUAGACCUGGAUAAAGUAGCAGAUUCCAAGGUUUUAUCUAGGGGAGAAAGAAAAAGGACCAGGAUAGCAAUGGAGCUGAUCACAGAUCCUCCCAUCUUAUUUUUGGAUAAACCAACAACUGGUUUAGAUUUGAGCACUACAAAUGCUGUUCUUUUGCUCCUGAAAAGGAUUUCUCAGCAGGGAAGAACGGUUAUCUUCUCUAUUCAUAGACCUCACUAUUUCAUCUUCAAGCUGUUUGACAGCCUCACCAUCUUGGCUUCAGGAAAAUUAAUGUACCAUGGUCCUGGAGUACUUUGGAGUACUCCAGGAGUACUUUUGAAGGCUUUGGAGUACUUCUCAUCAGCAGGUUAUUCCUGUGAGCCCCAUAAUGACCCUGCUGACUUCUUCCUGGACGUCAUUUACGGAAUUUCCUCUGCUGUGGUAUUAAACAGAGAGGAAGAAGACCAUGAAGUCAGCCACAAUGAAGAAUUUCCUAAGAGAGAAAAAACAGUUACAAAAACAUUAGCUGAGUUUUAUGCUAACUCCUCCCUGUACAAAGACACAAAAGCUGAAUUAGAAGAACUCUCAGGUGGUCUUAAGAAGAGGAGACCAACCUUCAUGGAAACCACCUAUGUCACCUCCUUCUGUCACCAACUCAGAUGGAUUUCCUGGCGUUCAUUCAAAAACUUGCUGCCUAAUUACAGGACCUCUAUAGAGAGGAUCAUUAUCACAAUCAUAGGUGGACUGGUUAUGAGUGCUAUUCUCCUUCACUUAAAAAAUGAUUGCACCGAAAUCCAGAUUAGGACCUGGACACUCUGUCUGCUAAUUGGCUUUCAGUGUUUACCCAACCUGUCAGCAAAGGAGACCUUUGCACUUGAGAAGAAGCUCUUUAUACAAGAGUACAUCAGUGGAUACUACAGAUUGUCUUCUUACUUCUUUGGAAAACUGUUAUCUGAUUUUCUACCCAGGAGUUUGUUAACAAUCAUUCUAUUUACUUGUACAGUAUACUUCAUGUUAGGAUUGAAACCAGGGGUGAAGGCUUUCUUCAUAACGAUGCUUACCAUUUUGAUGGUGGCUUAUUCAACUGGUUCCCUGAUCCUUGCUAUUGGAAUUUUGAUAAGUUUUUCACUGGAUUUUGGAAACUUUGCCCCUUGGCUGUCAUGGAUUCAGUACUUAAGUAUCCCUCACUAUGGUUAUAUGGCUUUGCAGUAUAAUGAAUUUGGGGGACAAAACUUCUGUCCAGGACUCAAUACAACAAAAAGCAGUGGCUGUUCCACCUAUGUGAUAUGUACUGGUGAAGAAUACUUGACAGUCCAAGGCAUUGAUCCAUCUCCGUGGAGCUUGUGGAAAAAUCAUCUGGCUUUGGCUUGUAUAACUACUAUCCUUCUCGCAAUUACCUACCUAAAAUUGUUACUUCUUAAAAAAAAGAUUCUUAAAAUCCCCUUUAAUUUACCAUGA